AUGGGUGUAAUGCGGCCCGAGCUGGCCAUGCGUAACAUCAUUCCCGUGGUUAUGGCCGGUGUGCUGGGUAUCUACGGUCUGAUUGUGGCGGUGAUUAUUCAGGGCUCGAUCGACCCUCCGAACGGCAACGCGCCGAAGUACGGCUCGUACACGGGCUUCGCACACCUGGCUGCUGGUUUGUGCUGUGGUCUGAGCGGUCUGGCGGCCGGUAUGGCUAUCGGAGUGGUAGGUGACGCCGGCGUACGCGCCGUUGGCCAGCAGGAGAAGCUUUUCGUGAACAUGAUCCUGAUUCUGAUUUUCGCGGAAGCUCUGGGUCUGUACGGCUUGAUCGUGGCGCUGAUUCUUUCACAGAAGAAGAGCGACUGCCCGUCGGAGUAA